AUGGCCGACCCGAAGCGGCGUUCAGUGCAAAGCUGGCAGCUGGCCGUUGGCCCGAUCACAUGCCACGCGUGGAAUAAAGAUCGCUCUCAACUGGCGGUGGCUUCCUCGGGCGGCAACGACAUCCACAUCUUCGAGUUUGUCAAGGGCGCCUGGACGAAUACACACUUGCUAAAGGGCCACGAUUUGCCGGUUACGGGCCUCGACUGGGCAGCAAAUACAAAUCGCAUCGUGUCGGCCUCCCAGGACAAGAACGCGUUCGUGUGGACGUUCAGCGGGAAGGAGUGGAGCCCAAAGCUGGUCUUGGUCCGCCUAAACCGCGCGGCAACCUGCGUCAAAUGGUCGCCUCAGGAGAACAAGUUUGCCGUCGGCAGCGGCCAGCGCCGGAUCUCCGUCUGCUACUACGAGCAGGAAAAUGAUUGGUGGAUCUCGAAGCAAAUCAAGAAGCCGAUCCAGUCGACGGUAAAAUGCAUCGACUGGCACCCGAAUAACAUUCUGCUCGCCGUCGGGGCGUGCGACUUCUAUGCGCGCGUCUUCUCGGCUUAUGUCAAGGAGGUGGACGAGAAGCCGCUGCCCAACCCCUGGGGUUCCAAGAUGCCGUUCGGAUCACUGAUGACCCAGUACAAGACGCAGGGCUGGGUCCACCACGUCGCCUUCUCGCCCUCUGGCUGCCGUCUCGCCUGGGUGUGCCACGAUGCGACCGUCGGGCUCGUUGAUGCGAAUAUCGACAGCAAUGCCUCGCACACACUGCGCACCUCGGGCCUACCCUACACCUCGAUCACCUGGGUCUCCGAGAAUAGCUGUGUGGCGGCGGGCCACGAUUACUGCUCGGUGCUGUUGACCGUCCAAAAUGGGCAGCUCGUCCAUGUUUGCAAGCUCGACGUGCCGCCGAUCCAAAAAGAAACCGGCAUCAGCAGCGCGCUCGCCAUGUUCAAGUCGAUCGACAAGAAGUCGGACAACGAGGCCCGCGUCGACACGUUGCCCACCUUGCACCAGAAUGUGAUAACUGGCAUCCAGGCACACUCUGGCAACGCACAGAACAUCCUCAAGUUCUCGACGUGCGGCCUCGACGGGCUCGUUGCACUUUGGGACCUGAAGACGAUGGCUGAGAACAAUAGGGAUAUGCGCCGUCUCGAGCGCCUGGUCCAGUGCCGCUUCUGCCAGAUUCGCUGUGUGUUUUGCGGAUUUGUCACCCCCGACGGCGCUUCUCGCCCAUUCAUCGUCAACGGACGCCCGAUAUGCCAGACGUGCAUGAACCGUCGCAACGAGAGGGUGCUCCCGCCGCCGCCGGCUCAACAUCAGGUCCCGCCACGCCCGGAUCGCUUCGGUGUUUGGCCGGGCGCCCAGGAAAUGCUCGAACGCCUCCAGGACGUUGAUAACGACCUGGCACGCCUCGACGACUUCUUUGGCCCGCAUGCCGGCGCGCACCAAAACGCCAAUGCACAGCCGCGCAACGUGCCGUUUUACGCGUUGAUUGCGGUGCUUGAACUGCUCGGCAAGGACGGCAAAGACUGGGCCUUCUUCAGCCGCCCGCAAUUCGAGGAACGCGUGCGCAACAACACGAACCCGCUCGAGUGCCCGCUGUGUAUGAUCCAAUUCACAAUUCCGGCCCGCACCGUGGUCCUGGAGUGUGGCCACGCCGUCUGUAUGACGUGCUGCCCAAGGAUGUCUCACUGCGUCACGUGCAACGAAGAGGUCCGCCGUCGAACCCCUGCCGCGCCGUACCGUUACAUGCCGUUUCCGCAUCCUCGUUAUGGCCCCGUCGGCGGUCGCUACCAUCGCCCGCAGAUGCUCAUCCAGCCGCUAACCGGACGUGCCGCUUGGGACGAGCUGAACGGCUUCGGGGCUGGCAUGGGCCUCGGCGGCGCCGGAGAGCCGUACAGACUACCACCACCAGCUGCUGCUCAGCCGGCAAACGCCGCCGGCGCUGCACAACAGCCCGCGCCCGGCGGAAACCCGUACGAUGAGCUGAACAAGCGCGUCCAGCCGCAACGUAUCCAGCAACACUAUCAGGAGCUCAUCGGUAUCCUGCUCGAACUCCGUGGCGCACGCGCCCCUGCGCCUACUGCUGCUGCUGCUGAACCCGUCUCCACCCGGAACGUGUCGAUCAAAACCGAGCCCAUCGACGAGGAAGAGGCGCAGGCGAAGCCCGUGGCCUCGGGCUCGGGCUCACGCCGUCGCCGUGGCAUUUAUGCCUUCGGCACGAAACGUCGCCGAACCGAGAAUCUGCCGCAACCCGGCUCGAGCCGCCAGCCGACCGCCACCGUGGCCCCGAUCAACCCCGUGCAGGCGGCACCGCCGCCGAAGAAGCCGAAGCAGGUCGAGGUGGUCGACAUCAACGACGACGAGGACGACGUGCCGAUGCCGGUUGGGGAUGAUAUCAUAGUCCAGGACGCCGAAGACGUGCUAGAGAUUCUGGUGGACGUCAUUCAGUGUGGAGAAUGCCCGCGAAAGUGCGAUCCAAGUGACGUGUACGUGUGCGUGACGUGCGGCGAGCUCGACCUGUGCAGCCUGUGCAUGUUCCGAAAGCACCAGAAGCUCCAGCACAUGCUCCACGAGUACAACCAGGUCAAGCUGAUGCGCGACAUUGACAGCGCACGCGAGCGCACCAAGACCCAGUACAAUACCUACAACGACCUGAUGCCGGCCAUGAUGCGCACCGUGCAGCAGAGCCUCGGCAAGCUGGAAGAUUCAUUCGACUGGACGCUGGCCUGCGUCAACCAGUCCAAGACGCACGAGGAGGCCAUGGAGCUGCUGCAGUUUUCGCGCCGUCUCGGCAACGACCUCGAGAAGUACAGCGAGGAAUUCAUGCCGCAGGCCCGUCGCUACGUGGCCCGGAUCAAUGAACUGCUCGCCCGCACCUCCACCAAGUACCCAAAGCCGGCCGAAGACGAGGAGGGCCCCGCCGAGGAGACGGCCGAGGUGAUGAACAGCGGCGACGACCUCGAGGAGAUCGACCCGCCCGGUCCGUCGGGCGUCACGGCCACUUGCAAGCUGCUGCCGCCGCUCGUCGAC